UAUAAAAGACCACCCACUUCCAUCGAGAAGUGUCAGUGCCGACCCAGCAAUCGUAGCUGCAGACAUGAUCGCUCAGGUGACGCUGUUGUUGGUCAUCUCGACCGUGGCUUUUGCCGGAGGAUACGGCGGAUACGGCCACCACGGCGGUUCCAGCAAGACGUACAGGAAACAGAAUGACCACGGUCACUACAGCUUCGGCUACGACAUCGUCAACGGCAAAGGCGCCGUCAACGGCCGCCACGAGACCGGUUCGGCGUACGGCCCCGUGCACGGCUCGUACUACCUGGGUGACAUCGACGGCCGCCACCGGCAGGUGCACUACGUGGCCGACAAGUGGGGCUUCCGGGCCAUGGUGAAGACCAACGAACCGGGAACCAAGAGCAGCCUUCCGGCCGCCGCUCCUUACCAUUCGGCGCACGGCAAGACGGUGCCUGCCUACGGACACGGCGGAUACGGUGGAUACGGUGGCUACGGAGGCUACGGAGGAUACGGUGGCUAUGGUGGAUAUGGAGGCUACGGUGGCUACGGAGGCCGUGGAUAUUACGGCUAGGACGUAGUCGUCGUUUAUCUAGUGCUCCCACGUCUGUCUCCGUUGUUGUGCUGUCCUUGUCCGCUGUUCCUGUGAUUCGUGGCUACUUCCUGUCUUCCCUGCUUUAGCAUAUUUAUGAAAACCAAAGAAAAGUACCGGAUAACAGAAGACCUCGUGUGUGCUCGCCCGUGUCAAGACGACGACGACAUUUCCUCAAAUGUGCGCUUUCCUUCUUCUGCUGGUGAUACCACUGUGCCCUCUCGCUCUUUGUGGCGUUUUGCUUUUCCAGUGUCCGCGUCUCCGCUUUAUGUGUAAGAACGCAGUGUAAAUAAAUGUACAAUACCUACAAAUCAUA